AUGCAAACAAAGAAGGAAGAUCACAGGAUGUCUUGCAAUCACUGCUCACUGUACUUUGAUGAUCUUCAAGCUAAACCAGUUAGAUUCUUCCCGGAAACCCAUGCAGCUGCUCAAGCUGCUGCUCAGACAAGUUGUCGCGGUCCUGGAUCCAAUGGAUCCGCUGCUGGAGCUGCUGCUGGAGCUGCUGCUGGAGCUGCUGGGGCAACUGGGGCUCUCGCCUCCGCUGCUCGAGCAGCUGGGGCAGCCACUCGAACAGCUGGGGCAGCCACUGGAGCAGCCGGGGCUGCAGCCGCCACGGCAACUCGAGCAGCUGGAUCCGCUGCUGCUGCUGGAACUGGAGCUCGAGCUGGAGCUCAAGCUGGAGCCGGAGCUGCCGCUGGAUCCGCUGGAUCUGCAGCUGGAUCCGCUGGAUCUGCUGCUGCUGCGUUGCUGGAGCUCCCAUGCCGCUAA